CGUGCGGGCCAUGUCCACCUUCUGCUUGGGCUUGGCCGGCCGCGCUUCAGCACCUGCCGAGCCGGACAGCGCCUGCUGCAUGGAGCUGCCCGCCGCGGCCGGGGACGCAGUCCGGAAUCCCGUCAUCGCUACCGCCGCCGCCCUCGUCUCCUGCCCCGGGGAGCUGGAACUGGCGUUAGAGGAGGAGCUGGCGCUGCUGGCGGCCGGGGAACGGCCGUCUGAUCUCGGGGAACAUUCUCAGGCCGAACUGGGGCCUCCGGCCGAGGCAGCCGGACCGCAACCACUGCCUACCCAGGACCCCGAGCUGCUGUCGGUGAUCCGGCAGAAGGAGAAGGAUCUGGUGUUGGCGGCCCGGCUGGGCAAGGCACUGCUGGAGAGGAAUCAGGACUUGAGCCGGCAGUACGAACAGAUGCACAAGGAGCUGACCGACAAGCUGGAGCAUUUAGAACAAGAGAAACACGAACUGAGAAGACGAUUUGAGAACAGAGAAGGAGAGUGGGAAGGGCGAGUGUCAGAGCUGGAGAGUGAUGUGAAGCAGCUACAGGGGGAGUUGGAGAGGCAGCAAGUCCAUCUGCGGGAAGCAGAUCGAGAGAAAACACGAGCUGUCCAGGAACUGUCAGAACAGAACCAAAGGUUAUUGGAUCAACUCAGCCGGGCCUCUGAAGUCGAGAGACAGCUCUCCAUGCAGGUCCAUGCCCUCAGAGAAGACUUCCGCGAGAAAAACUCAUCAACGAACCAGCACAUCAUCCGUCUGGAGAGCCUUCAGGCUGAGAUCAAGAUGCUGUCAGAUCGGAAACGGGAGCUGGAACAUCGUCUUAGUGCCACUCUAGAGGAGAAUGACCUGCUGCAAGGCACUGUGGAGGAACUGCAGGACCGGGUGCUGAUCCUGGAGAGGCAGGGCCACGACAAAGACUUGCAGCUGCACCAAAGCCAGCUGGAGCUCCAGGAGGUGCGACUGACCUACCGGCAGCUGCAAGUGAAGGUGGAGGAGCUCACGGAGGAGAGGAGCCUGCAGAGUUCUGCGGCCACCAGCACGUCCCUGCUGUCAGAGAUCGAACAGAGCAUGGAGGCUGAGGAACUGGAGCAGGAAAGAGAGCAGCUAAGACUGCAGCUUUGGGAAGCCUACUGCCAAGUCCGCUAUCUCUGCUCACACCUUCGUGGAAAUGACAGUGCCGACUCAGCCGUGUCCACAGACUCAUCCAUGGACGAGUCUUCAGAAACCUCUUCCGCCAAGGACGUGCCAGCCGGCAGCCUGCGCACUGCCCUUAGUGAGCUCAAGCGGCUGAUCCAGAGCAUCGUGGAUGGCAUGGAGCCCACGAGCUCUCGGAGAAUUGAUGAUGACUCCUUAGAAGAACAGAUCAGGCAGACAAGUGAGGACUCAAGAGCCCUGAGAGAGCUCAUGGAGGGAGAGAGGGGUAAACUGAGGCAAAGCCUAGAAGAGCUGCAGCGACUCCACAGUCAGGUGACGCUGCUGAGUGUGGAGAUGACUGCACUGAAGGAGGAGCGGGACCGGCUCAGAGUGACAUCUGAGGACAAGGAGCCACGGGAGCAGCUUCAGAAGGCCAUCAGGGACCGGGACGAGGCCAUUGCAAAGAAGAACGCUGUGGAGCUGGAACUGGCCAAGUGCAAGAUGGACAUGAUGUCCCUCAACAGCCAGCUGCUGGAUGCUAUUCAGCAGAAACUGAACCUCUCACAGCAGCUUGAGGCGUGGCAGGAUGACAUGCACAGGGUCAUUGACCGGCAGCUGAUGGACACGCACCUGAAGGAGCGGAGCCGGCCUGCUGCCGCCUUCUCCGGCCGCCACGGGCCCGGGCGGGGCCCCGAGCCCGGCACCACAGAAGGCAGACGGCUCUUCUCAUUCUUCAGGAAAAUUUAAGUUGGGAAGAGUUGGGACGCCAAGGACAGGAGGUGGGCAGCUCAAAGGCGCCGCGAGCACCGCUCCCCCAUCCCAGGGCCCAUCCGCCUCCACAGCCUGCCCCCCCUCCGGCAGCGCCACGGAGGCUGAGGCCGUGGCCUGCCUUGGCCUCGCCUCCGGAGGCUGCUGUCAAGACAGGGAGAGAGACAGGUAGGGACCCUGUCCCCGCUUCCCAGUCAGGCCCAGGCCUGGGAUUCCCACGGAGCCCAUCACUGAGCGGGGCCCAGGCCACCUCCUAAAGCCGCCUUCCCACGGGCUCUGCUGCCGCCUCGCUUCCAGAAGACGGGAACAGAAGCGGAGGCUCUCCCCCCGCAUGCCUCCAUUUCUGCCCCAGCCCUGGCCCAGCGAGUCAGGGGAGGCGCCCCGUGCCUACAUGCAUGUACCUCUGCUGGAGCCCUCCACGGCAGGAGGCCCAGCCUGCGGCUGCGGGGUGAAGGCCCGGGGCUCACCCCUGGAGCCGAGGGAGGGCCCUGUUUCCGGGCCUUUCCUCUUCCAGUGCAGUCCUUACUCCGCUGAGGCCAGGGCCAGGCAGCGUGUUCUCACUGGUGUCCUGUGCGACGCCAUCCCGCCAUCCCACCCUCUCCCCUCCAUGGGGCCAGGGCUGAAGGGGAGGCUCAUCUUCCUCCCACAGCCUCUCCUGCCUCCAGUGUAACUUCUUGGCCCUGCCACGCCUGCCCAGGCCACAGAACGGCCUCACAGGGGCCCCAUCAGCCACCCUCACAUUGAAGGCAGUGUAGGUACCACAGGGUGGAUGGGGUGAGGCUGCUGGGAGCCUUUAGAUACUGCCCACCAGGCCUGCAGCCACCCCCCAUCUCUGCUGAGGCCCCAACGCAGAGGCUGUGCGGCCCUGCCAGCCCGCAGCCGCGCACACUGCUUCAGCCUCCUGCCCUCACCGGGAAAAGCACAGCAGGGAUGAGCAGAAAGAAUGUACCUAUAGAUAUGUACAUACCACAGUGCUGGAAUUUUGUAUGUAGCAACCGUGUAAAUACAUGUAUGGAUUUUAUAAUAUACAUAUAUAAAUCUAUAAAGGCAUAUUUUUAGAAAAACAGCGCACCACUGCUUCUUUUGAAAAUAGUCUGAAUAAGAAUAAAAUUAAU